AUGACCCAACCACCGCCGUUUCACUCCUUGCCACUGUACGCUCACGCUCACGAUCUAACCACCGCUGUUUCCCAGCCACCAUCAUCGACCGCCGUUUCCGAAGGUUUUCGACCGCCGUUUCCGUUCGUUUUUCCGCCGUUUCAAACCAAACCUCAGUCGCCGCUCACAAUCACCAUCGCGCCAAACCUCAGCCGCCGAUUGUUAUCUUCUGUAACUACAAUUAUCCCUCGAGCAGCACCACCUGUUACUCAUCUGCAGGAUGCUAAUCAAGGUGUGACUGAUACCGUUCCGACUCCGAUAGUUAUAAUUGACCAAGACUCUGAUCCAAAUGCAACUGUGGUGAAGAUAACUUUUGGUCAUCGGCUUGGAGCUCUCCUUGACACGAUGAGUGCAUUAAAAAGCUUAGGUCUCAAUGUUGUUAAGGCAAAUGUCUUUUUGGAUUCUUCUGGAAAACACAACAAGUUUUUCAUCACAAAAGCUGAUACUGGCAGAAAAGUCGAAGAUCCAGAGUUGUUAGAAGCAAUUUGUUUGACAAUUAUAAAUAAUCUGAUUCAGUAUCACCCGGAAUCAAGUUCUCAGUUAGCAAUGGGAGUGGCUUUUGGACUUCUACCUCCGAAAGAGCAGGUGAUGAAUGUCUAUACUUUUCAGUUUCAGUUUGUAUUUGCAUUGUUUAGUCUACACUUGUUUAUGUACGGUUGCAAUUUAUAUAUGUGGAAAGCGACAAGAAUAAAUCAUAAUUUCAUAUUUGAAUUCUCGCCGACCACGGCGCUAAAGCAUAGAGAUGCUUUUCUGAUUUGUACUGCCUUCAUGACUGCUGUGGUUGGAGCGAUGGUCUUGCACCUUCUUCUAAGGGUUGCGGGGUUUUUUCCUGGCAAUGUUGACGCCAUUCCCGGAAUUCUACUUCUGUUUUUCAUAGCUAUGCUCAUUUGCCCAUUAGACAUUUUCUAUCGUCCAACUCGAUUCUGCUUCAUCCGCGUUAUUCGUAACAUUAUCUGUUCUCCUUUUUAUAAGGUUCUUCUGGUGGAUUUUUUUAUGGCUGAUCAACUAACUAGUCAGAUACCAUUGCUAAGACAUUUGGAAACAACGAGUUGUCACAUUUUAUCCCGGGUUUUCAAAACGCACCACCCUGAAACCUGUAGUUCCGGAAGAUUAUACAUGGAAAUAACCUACAUUAUCUCAUUUUUGCCAUAUUUUUGGCGUGCCCUUCAGUGUGUAAGAAGAUGGUAUGAUGACAGUGAUGUUGCGCAUUUGGCGAACAUGGGGAAGUAUAUCUCUGCAAUGGUUGCAACAGGAGCUAGAGGAUUUCUUAAUCCUAACUCAAGAAAUGCAUGGCUAAGAGAUGAUUUAGUUUUGAAGAAUAAAAGCAUAUACUACAUGUCUAUGGCAUUAAAUGUUGUGUUAAGAGUGACUUGGACAGAAACUGUUAUGCAUUUCAAAGUUGGGCCUAUUCAAACAAGGUUGUUGGGUUUUAUGUUAGCUUCAUUGGAUUUUAUGUCUACCGAAGAUUUUAUAUUGGUAAUUUAA